GCUGGGACGUAUAGCGAAAGGGGGAAAUCAUUGGAAAAGGGUCCAGCGACCGAGUUUUUUGCAACACCGGCCACUUGACACAACCGCAAGCAAUGGCGGGAUCGCAACCCAACGGGUUCGACCCUCUUGCCGACCUCGUCGACUUCUCAGAGUACGACGACAGCAACAACAACAACAACAACAGCAACCUCACAUACCAGCAUCCUAGUCUUUCGCCUUCGUCAACGACCAAGCUGUCGCCAUCUCUUUCGCUCAAGACAGAAACGUCGGUCGAGUCAACCUUGUUCCCGACCAACCAAGGCUUCACAGCGCCCAGCCAUCAGUACGACCUUUACAAACAGCAAACAGGCCUCGUCCCGGGCGCAUUGACCACCACCCUGUCGAUGAACCCACCGCAUAGCUUCCUUCCAGAGUACCUUGAUUUCCAACAACAGAACAGUAUGCUCUUGUCGAUUGGGGAAGACGAGGCGUUUGACUUUAACACGCCGCUGCAAGUGGACGCUCCCUCACUGGAUAUGGAUUUCCAGACGACGUCGGCCGACAAUAUCUACCUGAACUCGACCAUCAAUCCCACGGCCAUUGGCGGUCAAGAGCCUGAUGUGAUUCCCAUGCCCGAGCUAACGGGUACCCCCGGCCGCGUGUGGCCCGGAAUCCACCAACAGCAGGCGUUGGCCAGGGCGCAACAACAACAGAGACAGCAACAGCUGCAAGCACAGCGCGCACACGCACAGCAGCACGCCAACAAGACGCAAAAGGCCCGGUCGCCGCAGACGAGCGACUCCAUCGCAGAGCAGAGCGUCCAGCAGAUCCUCAACUCGAUGCGGGCUGAGCCUGUCCAGUACACGCCCAUCAAGAGCCUGCCUCCCGUUGCCUUCCCGAAGCAGAAGAAGCCCGAGGAGGAGAUGGACGAGGACGAGAAGUUCUUGGCCAGCGAGGAGGGCAAGAAGCUCGACAGCAAGGAGCGGCGACAGCUUCGCAAUAAGGUGUCGGCGCGGGCAUUCCGCAGCAGGAGAAAAGACUACAUCCAGUGGCUCGAAGGCGAGCUAACAGACAAGAUCAACGACGCCGGCCUCCUCCGCGCUCAAAACCGCGCCCUGAUCGAGGAGAACUCGCGUCUGACCUCGCUCACCAAGAUGCUGCUCUCGGCGCCCGAGUUCGCAAACUACCUCGCCGAGCUGAGCUCCAACCCGCAGAAGCUUGCCCAGUUCCAGCAGCCGACCCCGACGCAGCAGCCCCAGGUUCCGUCGCAUGCUGCCCCCGCGAACCUGAACCACAUGUCGCUGCAACAGCGCUCGCAGCACUUCCAGCAGCAGUUCAACCAGCAGGCGAAACAGGCUAGAAAGGACGUGAUUGUGCCUCAGGGGCACCAGCAGACCUUGUAUGUGGCCUGAACUAAAAAUAAAAACAAGAACAAGAAAAAGAAAAGAAAAAAAAA